CUGUAUGAACGUCUUCCCUGAUUCAAAUCCCUAAUGGUAUCCCUCCUUCACCACUCAAUUUCAUUCCACCUGCCAUCCCACCGUCCUCUAUUCACCCACCACCACCACCAUUUUCGUCCUCCAUCUCUUUUCCAACUCCACACACGUCGUUACACCACUUCUAUUACCAACUGCAUCGAAAAGAAUGGCUCGUUCUUAUCCAGUAGCAAACAAGAUCAACAACCCCAAAGAACGCUGUUCCCUGGCGGUUACAAGCGGCCCGAGAUCAAAAUUCCCAAUGUUGUGCUUCAAUUGGACCCCGAGGAUGUGCUGGAUGAUGGAAAUAGAGUUGUUGAGGUUGUUGAUGAGGCCGUUUCUGGUUUGGUUGGGAUUGUGGUGUUGAAUUCCGGUGAAGGAAGUGGGAGGAACUUGUAUGACGCUGCUUGUUUGUUGAAAUCGGUGAUUAGGGAUCGGGCUUACUUGUUGAUUGCAGAGCGAGUUGAUAUCUCUACCGCUGUUAAUGCUAGUGGUGUGGUGGUUUCCGAUCAAGGUUUACCCGCCAUUGUUGCAAGAAAUACAAUCAUGGAUUCAAAAUCCGACUCUGUGUUUCUUCCUUUGAUUGGAAGAAAGGUGCAAACUUCAAAUGCUGCCAUGAAUGACUCUAGCUUUGAAGGCGCUGAUUUUCUAAUCUAUGGUAAUGAUGGAGGAGAAAGCAUAGAGGAAUUGUCUGUUUCUGUGAUCAAUCAGAUCAAAAUUCCAACAUUUGUGACGGUUGAUUCCGUUGAUAAAGAUAAAUUAUUCAAUGAUAUUUCAUAUACCUUACAAUCUGGUGCAAGUGGGUUGGUUGUUUCAUUGGAAGGACUGAAGCUGCUAGGCAACGACCUUUUGAACAAGAUUUAUAGCAUGCAGGCAUCAAAUAAAAAACCAGAAGCUUUACGUGAUGGUUUAGAGUUGGAAAUGGCAAAUGGGUUUUCAGGUGAAAAGGGGUUCACUGGAUUUGCCAAAUUGGAGGAUAGAGAAGCAGUGUUGAUAGAAACUGAGAGAUCGCUGCUGCUUGAAGCUAUAGAUGUUAUCCAGAGAGCUUCGCCUCUGAUGGAGGAAGUCUCGCUUCUCAGUGAUGCUGUUUCACACCUCAGUGAGCCCUUCUUACUGGUUAUAGUGGGUGAAUUCAAUUCGGGAAAAUCAACUUUCAUCAAUGCUCUUCUUGGUAGGAAGUACCUAAAAGAUGGAGUUGUUCCUACAACAAAUGAGAUAACCUUUUUACGUUAUUCUGAGUUUGAUUCCAAUGAACAACAACGUUGUGAAAGGCACCCAGAUGGUCAAUAUAUAUGUUAUCUACCUUCACCAAUACUUGAGCAUAUGAUCAUUGUUGAUACACCAGGAACCAAUGUGAUUCUUCAAAGACAGCAGCGCUUGACCGAAGAAUUUGUGCCCCGAGCAGAUCUGCUUCUUUUUCUUAUUUCUGCAGAUCGUCCAUUGACUGAAAGCGAGGUUGCUUUUCUACGGUACACACAAAAAUGGAAGAAGAAAGUUGUCUUUGUACUGAAUAAAUCUGAUAUCUACCAAAAUCCCACCGAGCUCAAGGAAGCUAUUGGAUUUAUCAAAGAGAACACACAGAAGCUGUUAAGUACAGAAGUUAUGCUAUUUCCUGUAUCUGCACGAUCUGCACUUAAACGAAAAUUGUUAACCAUGUCUGAUGUUGGUCAAGGGCACGAAGAAUCAUCUGGAAACGAUUCUUAUUGGGAGAUGACUAGCUUUUAUGAACUUGAGAAGUAUUUGUACAGCUUCUUAGAUGGGUCAACAAGUACAGGAAUUGAAAGAAUGAAGUUGAAACUUGAAACGCCGAUUGCAAUUGCAGAGCAGCUGCUCUCUGCAUCACAAAAGAUCGUGGAACAAGAUUGCCAACAGGCCAAAAGAGACUUGAUUUCAAUAAAUGAGCUCGUAAGUAGUGUAAAAGACUAUGCAUCCACGAUGGAAACUGAAAGCAUUUAUUGGAAGAGACGAUCUUUGUCGCUGGUCGAUAAGACCAAAGCACGCGUUGUGGAGCUUAUUAUGUCAACUCUGCGGUUAUCAAAUCUUGAUAUUGUUGUGUCGUAUGUUUUCAGAGGAGGCAAUACUUCCCCGAUGCCUGCUGCUGCAAGUGUUAGAAAUGAUAUUAUUGGUCCAUCACUAUCGGAAUCACAAAGAUUGCUUGAGGAAUACGUUGUGUGGCUCCAAUCAAAUAAUGCCCGUGAAAUAAAACUCUAUGAGGAAACUUUCGAGAAAAGAUGGGCUUCGUUUAUAGACUCGGGCAAUCGAUUUCAGUCAGAGACUCGCAAGUUGGUUGAGAGAAAAAAUGAAUUCAGUAUCGAACUAAUAAAGGACUUUAGUUCUGCUGCUGCUUCCAAGCUAUUUGAGCAAGAAAUUCGUGAAGUGUUUUUGGGGACUUUUGGUGGAAUCGGAACAGCCAGUUUAUUAGCUUCGCUUCUGACGUCGGUGCUACCAACCACUUUAGAAGAUCUUCUUGCUCUUGGUCUUUGCUCUGCUGGCGGUUACAUAGCGGUUGCAAAUUUCCCGGUUCGUAGGCAAAAAGUGGUUGAGAAAGUGAACAGGACUGCUGAUGGCUUAGCUCGGAAACUCGAAGAAGCAAUGCAAAGAGAUCUUUUGGAGACAACCAAAAGUCUCGAAAACUAUGUUAAGCUUGUCGGUAAACCUUAUCAAGAUUUAGCACAAAGUAGAUUAGAUGAACUUGUGAUGAUCCAAGAGAAAUUGACCAAAAUGGAAGAAAGAAUUAAAGCAUUACAAAGUGAUGUCCAAAACCUCCAUAUGUCAUCAUGAUAAGAUGAACACCCCGGUCGGUGCAAUCAUACCAGCCCUAAUGCUUCAGAUGCCAUUAGAACUCCGCAGUUAAAGAUGAACACUCAUGUGUUCUUUGAAUCUUGAGAGUUUACAUGGUGAAAUUUGAUGUUUCUUUUUAAUUGUAUUUAUAAGUAGACAUCUUGUUUGUUGCGUGAUUAUGUAAUGUAUAAUUGAAACUUUGGUAUAGCCAAUAAAUUUGAUUGAUUU